GUCUUUCUUUCAUGGCAUUGAUCCUCCUCACGUGUCGACUUCAUGAGAUCGACCGUGAAGUGAAUUACCUACAGGCAGUGCUCACCGACUGGUUUCUCCCACCAACUUCAUCUUCUCCCACUGAAGAAACCGCCUCGACCACGGCUGUGGCUAACCCGUCCACUAGACACCUCACCCUCCUCGAAGAAGAACUGACUCAGUUCUACUUACCCGAACUGAGAUCAUCCCGAACGACUCUGAUCCUGAGCGUCGUGUUUGUGGGCAUUUACAUCUGCAGUUGGUGGUGGAUGGCUUUUGCGAUCAACCAGGUUAGCAGAGGGGGAAGUGUUUCACUCAGAACGGUAUUGUUGCUGGCAGUAUUUGCAGCAGUGGAUAUAGCAGCUAGCACAGGAUUUGUCCUUCUUAGACUUAUUAUGUAUAUAAGAAGGGACCGAUUUUAUCCAAGUGCUUUGAAACCUUUAAAUCCCACCACAGAAGCAGAUCAAAUGGCAGCAUAUACAGCUCUUCGACUGAUAACCAUUAAAUCAAGCUGUGGCAAUGCUGAUAUAUUGGUUUCCGUAGUUGUUGGUUUCCUUACAGUUCUGAGGAUUUACAGCGUAGUCUGUGUUGCAUCCUUUUACAAAAAAGCUAAAGAUGGAUCUAGAGAUAUAUUUCAGAAAGAUGUAACUGGUAGCUGUGAUACAUCAGAAAGAAAUGAAUCUAUCAAAGAUCUUGAAGAUUAUGCCCCCAAAUCUCUCAUAAUAGAUUAUGCAAAAAAACCAAAUCAUACGUCACACCGAGAUCGCAGUCGACGAUCUAGUGUAAUAGCCUCUACAAUGCCUCCAGAAGAUGACUUAGCUGAUAUAAAAAUUCAAGCUUCUGAUAUGCCCAUGGAAAUGCAAAGAGCUGCACUGAAUGCAGCUUCUCAAGCAAUACGGAUUUAUUCUACAGAGAAACACAUUGCUGAAAGUAUAAAGCAAGAUUUUGAUCAAUUGUAUCAUCCCACAUGGCACUGCAUAGUAGGCAGGAACUGGGGUAGUUGUGUAACGCAUUCUAAACAAUGUUACAUACGGUUAAGUUAUAAAGACAUGACAAUUAUGUUGUACAGGUCAACAUGACAAUAAUGCUUAUGAUGCAGUGAUAAAUGUAAAGUCUAUAUAUAGCAUGGAGAGUCAGAAGUAUUUAUUAUAUAUAAUUUUAUAUCAAUUGCAAAAUGAAUAUAUAGACCAUAGUUUUUAAACUCCCAUUUGAAAUAAUUGUUUCUGAUAUGUAUUAAUAAAUUUGCCCCACCUCUCUACAUAAUACAUAUGCAGCUCAACAGUAUAAUUGUUAUAAAAAUGGAUUAAAGCUGUGAUGUGUGAAAAUUAACAGACAGAGAGAGCUACUGAUGAUAUAAGAAGAAAUAAAGAUAUUUUUUAAACCAGAGACAGAUAGCAAAUGAAAUAAGUUUGGCAUUUACUGUUAAAGGAAUUCAGAAAGAAAGAAUUAUAAAUUUCGUUGCAGUGCAGCAUCAGAAAAUAACAGCAUGGGAAGAAACGUCAUCUAGUGCCAAACUCAUAUUAAGAUCAGAAUAAAAGCAAUGGGCAUAAAUUAUAUAUAUCAACUCAAACUAAACUUUUCUACAAGUGUUUCUUAAAUGAGGUCCCCUGAAACCUUAAUGUUCCAAGAGAAACAAUGAUGAAUGGGCUAAUCAUAAUAAUAUUUACAUAGAGUUACUUUCAGACAUGAAUAUGGUUCUGCGAAGAUCAAGAUUUCCAUAAGAAUUAAAUGGUUUUAACCUGUUGUAAUAUAAUUUUAUUAGCAGACUAAUAAUGUUUGUUGGAUGGAUAAUGGUAAAAAAAGUUUCAACUUUGAAAGGACUGAAUUCAUUCACACCAAAAGUGCUUCUAAGUACCUAUUCAUGACUGAUCUCUUAUUUUUCAGCUAACUAAAUACUGCAAUAAAUGAAACUGUGUAUUAUAUCUGUUUAAUAUAUCUGAAUGACAAUAUUAAAAUAUAUUUAAUAACUUUU